ACCGGAGAGAUAAGAGAGCAAAUAUAUUGUACGCAUUUAACUAUAGGAGAACUAAUUGAUAGUGUAUAUCGAGACGAGAGUGUGUGACUGGUGUGUUUUGAACUAAUAAACUUGCAAAAUGUGCUGGUUUUUUAAAACGUAGUGACGAGUGACUCGCGUCUGAAGUGUGCGCGAUCAAAAUUCUUGUAGCUAUCCAAAAUCUUGAUGUGAAGAAACGAAAUAUGACUUAUUAUUGGCAUCAAUGUUUGAUUAACCAAAUGAUCAGAGUCUACUGAAGGUAGUAUUUCAAUAAGAGCCAUGCAGUUCUCACAAUUUACCAGAAGACAAAUAUUGACAUUAGCAGCUUUUGGAGCAGCUGACUUUUGCAAUGCUAUUUGUGUGUCGUUGCAAGCACCAUUUUUUCCAGAUGAGGCAGAGCGCAAAGGAGCUUCUGCGACUGAGUAUGGAUUCGUAUUUGGGGUAUUUGAAUUGGUCGUGUUUUUAGUUAGUCCAUGGUAUGGUAAACAUGUGAAGAACAUCGGUCCGAAACGAAUGUUUUUUAGUGGAAUUUGCAUAUCUGGUGUUUGUUCAAUACUUUUUGGCUUAUUGGAUUUCAUUGACGAGCAUAUAUGGUUCAUCAGUUUCGCAUUCCUGAUUCGUAUCAUAGAAGCGAUGGGCAAUGCAGCUUUUUUAACUGCAAGUUUUGCUAUAAUUGCAAACGAAUUUCCAGAAAAUAUAGCAACGACUUUUGCCUCUUUGGAAACAUUUUUCGGUUUAGGAUUGAUCGCAGGACCAUCACUUGGCGGUGUUUUAUACGAACUGGGAGGCUAUACAACACCUUUUGUCUCUCUUGGUGCAUUGCUAUUUAUUACAGCAAUCUUGACAAAAGUAGUUUUACCAAGCCAUGAAGAAAUCCAAACGACUACAAAAACUACUGGUAAAUUACUACAAAUUCUCCACGUAGAAGGUAUUCCAGUUUGCGCAGCUACAAUUUUGAGCACGUCUACAACAAUUAGUUUCUUUCAAGCCACAUUGGAGCCGCACAUCAGACAGUACGAUCUAACUCGGGUGGUAGUAGGAUUGGUAUUUAUAGUGACUGGAGCCACAUAUGGCUCUUCAGCGCCAUGGUGGGGUUGGCUGUGUGACAAAUACCUCAAACCAAAGACUGUCGCUGUUAUUGGCGGAUUGAUCUUGAUUGUCGGAGUAAGUCUGGUUGGACCGGCACCCUUUAUGCCAUUCCAAGGGUCAUUACUCCUCGUGAUAGUAGGCCUGUUUCUACACGGUUUAGGGAUCGGUGCUCGUUUAGUGUCGUCUUUCGCUGACGCUUUACAAACUGCCAUAUCAUCCGGUCUACCAAACGAUAUAGAAACUUACGGCAUGGUGUCCGGAUUAUGGACAUCAUCGUUCGCCUUGGGGGCCUUCAUUGGACCCACCGUCUCUGGGGUGCUGUAUGAUCAAUACACAUUCGCAAACGCCUCUUUAUUUUUAAUCAUACUAGUCUUUGUCAUGGUGAUAAUUGAACUCUUAAGCUUAAGUAAUAUUCCAAGAAAACAACAACUCACAACUUCCUCCAGUAUUGAGGCAUUUCUUUCCGAAAAGUUGAACAGAAGUAAUCAAAAUCUAAGCAUAUCUAAAGAUGGUUCAACGUUCAAAGAUAACCUUCCAAAUAUUUAUCAGAACAAUGUUGGAAUUGGUAGCUCUAGAGUAUUAAAUUUAUUAUAUAGUUCCGAUACCGAUUUGACGGAAGAAAAUGCUCCAUUGUUGGUUGAAAGUAGAGCGUGACUUCGUUUUUGAUACCAAGUACUUAUACCUAUUUAUCAUUUAAGCAUAUUUAUUUAUUUUUUCAGGUAUAUUUUUUACCUCGAUUGUGUAAAAAUUCUCAUAUCUUGUGCCAUUUUGUAGGUUUCUUUUGAAAUUAUAAAUUAAGAUUUAAGGAAUUGUAUAAAAUAUUUUGAUUUUUGUUACAUUUUUUCAGUUUAAUAACAAAAUUGGAUGAAUU